AUGAAUACUCGAACCGGUUACUUGGAGAACGUUGAUGGUUCUUGUUUAUACUCAUUAAACUCUACAAAGGUAAUAGCUGCAGUAACAGGUCCAGUAGAACCCAAAGCUCGUCAGGAACUACCAACACAAUUGGCAUUGGAGAUAAAUAUAAGACCUGCCUGUGGGGUCCCUACAACAAGAGAAGUAAAUAUACAGGAUAAAGUGCGUGCGGUUAUUACACCUACAUUAGCUUUAUAUAAAUAUCCAAGACAAUUGUGUCAGAUCACUUUACAACUGUUACAAGCAGGUGAAACUGAGUCAUACUUCCAUGAAUUGGAAUUAGUAGCAUGUGUUAAUUCUACUACAUAUGCAUUGGUCGAUUCUGGUAUUGCAUUGAAGGGCAUCGCCCUUGGGACAACUAUUGUAAUUACCGAAGGUAAUAAGUUGAUAACAGAGCCUACAGAUGAAAACUUAAAGAACGCAAAAUCAACACAUGUUGUUGUAUACAUGAUUGAGAAUAGUAAACCUACAAAUUUGUUACUAAUGGAUAGUUAUGGUGACUUUGAUCAGAAUGAUGUCUUUAAGGUUUUAGAACAAUCAGAAAUAAAAAUUAAUGAAUUAAACAAAAAUUUCAGAGAGUAUAUGAAGACAAAACUGAACAAUUUAUAA